AUGGCCGAAAUUGAAAUUCCUGAAUUUUUCGUUUGUCCCAUUUCGCUUCAGAUCAUAAAGGACCCCGUGACGACCGUUACAGGCAUAACAUACGACAGAGAAAGCAUCGAACACUGGUUGCUAACGUCAAAAGAAUGUUCUUGUCCUGUCACAAAGCAACCAUUACCAAGAAGCUUAGAGUUCUUAACCCCUAACCACACACUUCGCAGGCUAAUCCAAGCGUGGUGCUCAGCAAACGAAGCCAAUGGGGUUGAUCAAAUUCCAACCCCAAAAUCCCCUCUUGCCAAGACCCAUGUUGAGAAACUCGUGAAGGAUCUCCAAGUUCCUCGAUACUCUCAAACGGCAUUGGAAAAAUUGCACGCUCUUGCUAUAGAGAGUGAGAGGAACAGAAGGUGCAUGGCUUCAGCAGGAGUAGAUGAAGCUAUGGUUCACGUAAUCAUAAAGAGUUUCAAGCAAGGUAAAACGACGUCGUGCCUCGAAGAAGCUCUGAGAAUCCUUCGUCUACUUUGGAGCCCUUCCGUUGUGGCCGACAACAACAACAACAACAUGAAGCUCAUGGUUGGUGAAAACAUUGACUUUCUCAACUCGUUGACUUGGGUUUUGCAACUUCAUGUUAAUAACAAGGUCAAGAUAAUCAACGAAGCAAUGCCUAUACUGAAAAUGGUUAUCGAAGUGAAAGAUUCAACCCCUUUAGGAAAUUUGAAGCUUGAAUUCUUUGGAGUAAUUGUAAGUGUUAUGAAAAAUAGAGCACUCUCUCAACAAGCUAUUAAAUCUGCAUUGCAUGUGCUUAUAGAAACGUGUCCUUUGGGAAGAAAUAGAAUGAAGAUUGUGGAAGCAGGUGCAGUUGUUGAACUUGUUGAGCUUGCACUUGAAAAACCAGAAAAGAACCUAACAGAACUCAUUUUCAUUCUUCUGGCACAUUUGUGUUCUUGUGCUGAUGGAAGAGAACAGUUUGUGCAGCAUGCUGCAGGCAUUGCUGUGAUUUCUAAAAGGACACUCAGGGUUUCUCCAACAAUUGAUGAUCGAGCUCUUCAUAUAUUUUCUUUGAUUUCUAAGUUCUCAGCUUCAAAAGAGGUUGUUCAGGAGAUGCUGAGGGUUGGUGCUGUGUCAAAGCUUUGCAUGGUGAUGCAAGCGGAUUGUGCUUCCUAUUUGAAAGAUAAAGCAAGGGGUAUACUUAGGUUACACUCCAAAGCAUGGAAUAAUUCUCCUUGUAUUCAAGUAUAUUUGUUAACCAGAUACCAAAGGUGA